GCGAGCACCGCGCCGACUCCGAGUCCGAGCUGUCUGUCUGCUGCCAGGGGCGGACAUGUUGGGGCGGCCUGUUGGAGGACAGUACCACAUAUAUUUCUAAUUUUACCGGAGAAAGUGACCGCAAAGCAGAGACGGGACACCAUGGAUGCCGUCAACGCUUUUAAUCAUGAGUUGUUCUCCUUGAUGGACACCAAGCCUCCCAUCUCGAGGGCCAAGAUGAUCUCCAUUACCAAAUCUGCCAUAAAAGCCAUUAAAUUAUACAAGCAUGUUGUCCAAAUCGUAGAAAAGUUCAUUAAGAAGUGCAAACCCGAGUAUAAAGUUCCAGGACUCUACGUAGUGGAUUCCAUCGUGAGACAGUCACGGCAUCAGUUUGGAGCCGAUAAAGAUGUGUUUGGACCUAGGUUCACCAAAAACAUCACAGGAACAUUUGAGAAUCUAUGCUUGUGUCCCACAGAAGAUAGGAGUAAGAUAGUGAGAGUGCUGAACCUGUGGCAGAAGAAUGGAGUGUUUAAGAUCGAGGUCAUUCAGCCUCUGUUGGACAUGGCUGCUGGAUCCAGCAGCUCAACAGGAUUGGACAAUGGCCCUGAUGGGGCAUCUCCACAGUCUCCUGUGAGGGAGCAGGAGGCUCAUCCUGUGGUGACGCCAAACACGAUCGCAGCAGCUGUGCCUCAGCUUCAGAACUCAGAUGCCUUUGCGGCUGUUGCUCAGCUAAUUCAGUCUUCUCAAGGACAGCAGCUUCAGCAGAUGCUUCAGAACUUUCAGCCGCCGGGGAAACCUCAGUCUCCAGCUGUGGACAAUAACAGAAGUCACCUCCACCUACAGGCUCAGGCUAUGACUGCCACCUCUACGCUCACACAUCAGCACAUCCAUCACGCACCACAGCCUGUGGAAAAGAAAGCCACCUUCGACAAGACCCUUCUGGAUCGCUUUGAUUAUGACGAUGAGCCAGAAGCGGGUGAGGAAGCUAAGAAGGAUGAAACGCCGUCUGUCCAACCUACUAUGGGAUUUCCUGAGCAGACCGUCCCAGGAUUUCCACCAGCCAAUCAGCUGCAGCACUUUCAACAACAUAUGAUGGCCGUAUCACAGCGGCAACAGGUUGUUCUACCUUCGAAUGGACAGGUCCAAGGCUUUGGUCUAAUGACCUCUCAACCCUAUCCAGACAUGAUGCCUCAGAUGGGGCAGGCACAUGCAGCUUUCCCACCUCAGAAUGACACCUUCAAUCAACACAUGGCUGGACAUCAGCAUCCGGAAAUGAUGAAUUCAGAUGCAUCCACCAGGCCUUACCCCGAUGGCAAGAGGUCACGGUCGCGUUCAGGGUCGAGAUCUCCUAAAAGAAGAAGGUCACGAUCCAAUUCCCGUACGAGACGAAUGCGGCAUCGACGGUCGCGCUCUCGUUCUCGAGAGCGACGGCGUCAGUCGCCUCGAUCGCGGUCUCAGGAAAGAAGAGACAGAGAAAAAGAACGAGAACGAAGGCAGAAAGGCCUUCCUCCUGUAAAGAAUAACACUCUCAGUGUGUGCAGUACUACUCUCUGGGUGGGGCAGCUAGAUAAAAGGACACAGCAGCAGGACGUGGCCUGUUUACUAGAGGAGUUCGGGCAGAUAGAUUCAAUUAAUAUGAUUCCUCCUCGUGGUUGUGCCUACAUUGUCAUGAUUCAUCGUCAGGAUGCCUAUCGAGCCUUGCAGAAACUAAGUAGAGGUCCAUACAAAGUCAACCAGAAAGCCAUUAAGAUUGCCUGGGCUCUGAAUAAGGGCAUUAAGGCUGAAUUCAAGCAGUAUUGGGAUGUGGAGUUGGGUGUGACCUAUGUACCAUGGUCCAAAGUAAAGAUGGAGGACCUGGAUGUGUUUAGAGAAGGAGGGAUGCUGGACCCUGAUACUCUUGCACCAGAGUGGAGAAGCUCUCAGAUUGAGCUGGAGAAGGCAGAAGAGUCUCAAAACGGCAGGCCUGAGGUGGGAAAAGUGGAGGAGAGCCCGGCUGUAGUACCUAUGCAGGUUCCUCCUGUCCAGCCUAUGGGAGCAGUUGGUGUCCCACCUCCAGGAUUCCCAGGACCCAUGAACAUCCCACCUCCCUCAUUCCCACCUGGGGUUCCCCCACCCCCGGGUCCCUUCAUACGGCCGGGCUUUAACCCCAUGCAGAUGCCUCCAGGAUUUCUCCCCCCAGGUGCCAUGCCUCCUCUAGGUGCCAGUGGGCCUCCUCCACCUACAGCAGGGAUCGGCAUGCCUCCAGUUGGCAGCUCAGUUGAAGACCUUUCGAACGAUCCAGCAGGUAUGGGCCCAAGAAUCAACAGUGAUGGAACAGAGGGAUUCAACUCAGGAAACCAGGUGCCUCCUGGAGGUCCACCAGGCAUGGGCAUGCAGUCUCCACCAGGUCUUCUAGGUUCAAGGCCGGGUAUGAUGCCUCUCCAGCGGCCCCCGGGGAUGCCGCUCCCACACAUGCAGCGCUUCCCCAUUCCACCUCCUCGACCUGGCAUGCCACCCAUCCCACCACAAAUGAUGCCACCCAGGGGUCCACCUCAGAUGAUGCACCGAGAGCCACCACCCGGAGGCUUCGGCAUGCCACCUCCUCCUCAUGGCAUGAGGGGUCCCUUCCCACCUCCAGGUCCUCCCUUCAUGAGACCUGGCGGACCCAGACCAGACGGGCCGAAUGAUCACGAGGUGAGACCGUUCAGAGGCGAGCGCCCUGGUUUAGGAAGGGGCAGAGAUCGAGAGCAGGACUGGUACGGAGGGCGGCGCCCUUUCGGUGAGAGGCCGGAAGGUCGCGAGCGAUUUGGAGGCUGGCACGAGGAGCCGGAAAAACAAGGCGGGUGGGACCGAGAGAGAGAACGCAGGGACUGGAGGAGAAGUCCGGAUGGAGAUAGGGAUCGAGAUCGAGAUCGAGAUCGAGAUAGAGAUCGAGGACGGGAUGGUGAAGAACGGACAAGGCGCUCUGCAGGAAGCAGAGAGAGGAGCACACGCUGGGACAGAGACGAUAGACUCGAUCGACUGGGUCUCACCAGCGAGGAACCCAACGAGAGACUUGCAGCCAGUACCAACGAGCCUAGUGCAAACGCUACUAAAGAACUUCCCGAAGCCAAGCCAGAUGUUCCAGCACCUUCCACCGCAGACUCAAAAGCCUCAGAACCUAUAGCAGAGAACAAAUCUGCCGAGCAAACACACGCGGAAGAAUCAUAGAGGCCUCUUUAUAUGUCAAGACCAUAUGAGCUUCUCACAUGUCAGUGCUAAUCUUGAAUACUGCUGGCUAGAAAGCAAGUCCAACUGUUGUGGGAUGCUUUACGCACGCAUACGAUGCUUGGUUUUUCAUCCUAAACCAAGUUUUUCAGACUUUAUAAAGCAUCUUUUGGCAAACGUGGAGCGUUGCCUUGUGAAUUUAUUGUCCCACCUCAAUGAAGCUUGAAUGUUGUAUUAAAACUGAAGAUAAGGAAAAGAAACGAUUAAUGAUCCUGCUGUAAAUAUGCUAACAUUACUCGAAUAAUGUUUGUAGAUUUUGACUGGCCGGUUGUUUUUUUUUGGUUUUUGUUUUACAAAGAUAUCCCUGUUGAGUUUCAGUAAUGGAAACAUUGACUAAAAUAUGACAUUAAGACCCUUUUGCUGUAAUGUUUUUAACUUAAUGUUUACAACAUACAGAAAAAAAAAAACAAAAAAAAAAAACACAAGAUGUUUUUAUAAUUUUUAAGUUUUUGGAGAUAGCACCUCCAAAUAUUUCAGUGAUAGGAAUUUGGUUUUAAUAAAAUAUUUUCAUACCAAAUGAAUGAACUGACUUGUAUGCAAGUUGUUUCAGUCUUUUUAUCCCAUACCCUAGUGAUUUAUAUAAGUAUUUGUGCCAACUAGUAAGGUUAAGAAGUUUAAAACUAAAUAAACUGAUUACUGUUUACUGGGCCUUAUGGCAUAUACAGCCAUACUGUGGUAUUUAUCUCGUGACUCUAUUUCUAAACCAUUCGUUAUGGUUUGAAUAGGAUCUAUGUCUAUAUGAAUAGGCCAUGACUGUGGAAUUAGCCAAAAUCAUGUGACCGUAUGUCAAGGUCAAAGUGACAACCUUGUGCUUUGAUUUAUCAGUUGCUAUAUCUCAUGUAUGUGACCCUGGACCAAAAAAACUGUCGUUUGUAGCACAGGUAUAUUUGUAGCAAUAGCCAAAAAUACAUUGUAUGGGUCGAAAUUAUCAUUU